GCACCAAGAGGCAGCCCAAUUAACGCAGCAGCUCCUAGACGACCAUGUUCAAGAAGCAGCCACGCAUGGAGGUCGUAAAAGCAGCGGAGGGGAAGAAGUCCUGCUUAGUUGUUGGAGCCGGCGCCUCGGGCCUGGCUGUCAUGAAAGAAUUAACGGCACUGAACCACACGGUGAAGUGCUUCGACGAGAACGUGCGCAUCGGCGGCGUGUAUACUUCUUCGUACGACAGGACGAUGCUCACGACGUCGUCGCUGCUCACCGCGUACAGCGACUACAGUGAUGGGAGAGAAGACAAGCCCGUCUUCUGGUCCGACGAGGAGUACCUGAACUACUUGGAUGGCUUCGCGAACGAGUUCUCGCUGUACCAGCACAUCAGCUUCCGGUCCUCAGUACUGAAGGUCACGAAAUGCCCGAAGUCGGGCAAAUGGCUCGUCACGGUGAAGGUCGGCGGCGCCCACGUCGCGCCCCAUCGUAGUACGUUCUUGCUCGGGCGGCACAUUUCCGAAAAGCAGCGUUGUGCCGCGAGAACCGAAGGCGCGAAGACCCUCAAAGCAUUUUAUGCGAAAUGUGAGGUAGAAGGCUUCAAAAAAGUCAAAUCUGCUUAUGCGUACGACUACUUCGACCACGUGACCGGUGACAGAAAAAAAAUGCAGCCCGAGGCGGUCUUCGAGCUCGUGACGUACGCGGUCGACCACGUCGCGAUUUGUACCGGAACAAAUCAUUGGGCCUCCUUACCUCGCUUCGAGGGCCAGGACUGCUUCAUUAAGAAUGGAGGUACUUUGGUACACUCCGAGAACUACAAGAAGCCGGAGGUCUUCAAGGGUAAAAGAGUACUGGUAGUAGGUGCUGGAGAAUCCGGCUCGGACAUCACCAAUGAAAUUGCCAGUGAAGCAUCAAAAGUAGCUAUUGUCGUGAGAGGUAAACAUGGCCACUUGAUACCGAGGAAGCAAGCUGACGGUAGGGUCACGGAUCUCAACACCAACAGGUGCCGCUACAGCAACCCGUACGUGCUCGGGGACUGGGUCGGCUACGUCAAUCAGCUCGCGAAGAAGUUCGUCGCGAAACAUGGCUCGCAAGAUAAGCCCAUGGAGGAGCGGAAGAUCCUGCAGAAGAUCGGGGAAUUAAACAUCGAGCAAGGGACCAGUGCGUUCAGUAAGUUCGGUUGUAAGAACGAGGGCUUCGUCACGGCCAUGGUGUGCAAGGGCGCGGAACUCCACAGAGAUGCGUUCAAGCUCACUGAUACCGGUGCUUGUUUUGCGGAUGGUUCUACCUUCGACUGCGACGCGGUGGUCGCUUGUACGGGCUACAGGAACUCAUUUCCGAUGUUCGACCACCCCGACUGCCGGGAAGACGUCAUCUGCUCGAAGUGCGGGUGUCGCACCAAAGAUUUAAAUGCUUUUGGUCAGAAUCCGAGAAGAUUGUACAAGCAGAUUUUUGUUCCUGUCUUUCCCGACGGACAAGUCGCGUUCUUUGGCUUCGCGCGACCGGCCUUUGGGUCUGUGCCGCCGACCGCCGAGAUGCAGGCGAAGUAUUUCGCUUUGGUGGUAGAUGGCCGCAUUUGCUUACCAGACACGAAGUGCAUGGAGGACCAAGCCAAAAAGGACCAGGCCAACUGGGAGUGGCGCUUUGGGUACGAUGCUAAAAGAGUCAAAGGUUUAGUUGAUUUCCAGUUAUAUACGGACGAUCUAGCGGAACGGAUGGGGUGUUUACCACCUUUAAUGAAGCUCUUCCUGACGAAGCCGCGCAUCUGGUGGAAGAUUAUGUUCGGGCCGUUCACGAUGCACCAGUACUUGCUCCAGGGGCCCUUCGCGAAUCCUAGGAGGGCGGCGCUGGUCUACUCGAAGCAGCCCGUCGGCGACUUCCUGGAGUGCUCCAUCACGGCGGCCUUUCUAUUAACGGCGAAGGUGCUGUCGCUCUGCGGCUUCAGCGACUUCACGCCGAACAACUUCUAGGGGUCAAAUUGCGCAUAAGAAUCAUGAUAUCGAUAACACAAACUAAAACUUAGCGCGCCGCCCCCCACGCCGUCGCCGCGGCCGCCGC